AACCGGGUUUCUCCAUUUAAGGACAUGAUCUUAUGCUUCUCUGAAGAGGACUGGUCCCUGCUAGACCCUGCCCAGACUGGGUUCUACGGAGAGUUCAUCAUUGGGGAGGACUGCGGGGUCUCAAUGCCUCCGAAUGACCCACCAGCCCAGCCGGAUCUUUCCCAGAGAGAAGAGAAUGAGCCACGGCCCGCAGAGUUGCAGGACCUCCAGGGCAAAGAAGGACCCCAGGUCUCCUACUUGGACUUUCCCAGUCCCCAGCCAAUCCAGGUGGAAGAAAGAAGGAAAUGGGAGGAGCUGCAAGUGCCAGAGCUCCAGGCCUGCCAGCAGGUGAUGCUCACUCAAAGCACCUGCCCAGCUGGAGGCGACUCACCCUCCCUAAAGAACGGCCUCGACCAGGAGGUGACCAUCGAGAUUGUUCUAUCCAGCUCUGGGGAUGAGGACUCCCAGCACGGCCCAUUCUGCACAGAGGAGCGAAGGAGCACCCCAGAGAACCCGCGUAGCCUCCCUGCCUCCCGUCGGGGCAGCGCUGAGGUGGGGGGCGAGGCACAGACCUCCCAAAAGUCCUACGUGUGUCCGAACUGUGGGAAAAUCUUCCGUUGGAGGGUCAACUUUAUCCGGCAUCUGCGGAGCCGCAGGGAGCAGGAGAAGCCCCAUGAGUGCUCCGUGUGCGGGGAGCUGUUCAGUGACAGCGAGGAUCUGGACGGCCAUCUGGAGGCCCACGAGGCCCAGAAACCCUACCGGUGUGGCGUCUGCGGGAAGAGUUUCCGCCUCAACUCGCACCUGCUCUCCCACAGGCGGAUACACCUGCAUCCAGACAGACUCCAGCCAGUGCAGAAGAGAGAGGAGGGGGUGUCAGAGACCGAGGGCGGGGAUCCAAGCCCCCUGCUAGAAAAGAGCAAGGCGAAGCUGAGCAUGCAGUGCGGUGACUGUGGGAAGGGCUUCCAGCGGCAUGACCAGCUUGUGCGGCACCGCAGCAACUUUCACCUGAAGGACGAGGCCCGCCCCUUUCGGUGUCGGUACUGCGUCAAAAGCUUUGGGCAGAAUUACGACCUCCUCCGCCACGAGCGCCUGCACAUGAAGCGGCGCUCCAAGCAGGCUCUGAACUCCUACUGAGCUCCCCUGGUGCAGCCCCAGUCACAGUGGUCAAUUGGCCCCACACUCACUACACUUGUCCCAGGACAUAGACGCACCUCCCUUUGCUCUCAGGUAGUGUCCGACUUUUCCUGGUGCCAUGGUAGCUUCCUUCCUCCUUUCCAAACAAGGAGAGUGGCCGACUGAGCCUUUCUUCCAUUUCUGCUGUGCCAAAAACCAGGGAGGCUGUCACCACCAAUUUCAGCAUGCUCCAUAUGUCUGCGUAUUACAGAUCCCUGUGCGGUGCUCCCCAAGCCCUCCAAAGAGAGUAGCUGUCCUCUCAGCACCCUCUCCCAUCCUGCCCUGACACCAGCUCCUCAGGGUCCAGGGUGGCUGUACUUACUGUCUGACAGUGAGAAGCUGCCAGUGCAGUGAUGGGCUGGCAGGAAGGAAGUAAGACAGGGAGGGGCUAGUGGGUGCAGUAGGGAGCAGGGCCAGACCCAUUGACUCCUGUCAUCAGAAGUCAGCCCCAGCUCAUCAUGCCUACAAGAACACCCCUACAGACCCUGAGCUUAUCAGGAGGCCCUUCGGGGCUUGGAGUCUGGCUAGGAAUGCCAGAGCUCCUUCUUGGGGGUUGGAAAUUAUCAUGAGACCUUUUGAUUUGUCCUGGUGCUAAUUUUAUGGAUCCGGAGCUCAUCCAGGGCAAAGCUCCCAUUUUAAAUUGUUGUGCACCCUAUCAUGUCCUUCCUUUAUACUCUGAAGGUCCCUGGUAUCUGGGAUAGAAGCUGAGUUGUCACCAUUUAAAAGGCACUUAAGCUCCUCACCCACUCUGUCUACGAAUGUGGAGCUCAUCCCCAAAGAGGAGCUCUUCUGGGUGAGCCAAGCCAUGAACAGAACCUCUCAAGAAGUCACGCCCUACAUCAGUUCUGACUUUGAUGCCAGUUGUGUUAGUUUCCUACCACUUUGUAACACAGUACCAAACACUGGGUGAUCUCCAACAACAGUGUAUUCUAUCACCACCAAACCACUUGGCUACUUGUCUAAGAUCAAGGUGUCACCAGGGUAGGCUCCUUCUGAGGUUAUGAGGGGGAAUCUGUUCCUGGCCUGCUGGUUGCUGGCACGUGUUUAUGACCCUUGACUUGUAGAAGCAUCAUGCCAUCUUUGACUUCAUCCUCACAUAUCUGUCUCCAAAUUUCCCUUUUAGAUAAGGACACCAGUCUUAGGAUCAGGGUCCAUCCUACCUAUGCCUGUAUAAACCUCAUCUGCAUCAGCAGUGACCAUUUCCAAAUAAAGUCACAUUGUGAGGUACUAGGGGUGAGAACUAUAACAUUGGGGUCUUGAGAGGACACAGUUCAAGCCACAACUCCAGAUAAUUUCUUGGUACUGCUGAUGUUUCUGACUCAGAUGAGCCAAUAUAUACUUCAUACUCGUGGAGUUAGGAUUCAAACCCAGGGUUCUGCAUUCAGGACUGCUCUUGUCUGCAUGGAAGAAUCUUCAUCAAUAGCCUUUAAAGGUCAGAUCCUGGGGGACUGUACUGUGACUAACAGACAGAUGGUAGUGAAACCUCAAGCAAUCAAAAACAUGGUCUUACUGUACUGAAAGACUGGUUAAGUCUGCCAGGCUCAGCAAUGAGAAGGCAUCAGGGCUUGGUGUAGCUUUGGCUGGACCUCAAAGCUGCAACAAGGUAGUAUUUUAUGUUCUAUGCCAGAUCUCAACAGACAGGAAGCCUGGGAAAAUGAAUGUAAGGCUACUGGUGCUCCUUGUGAAGUGAUUUUCACAUCAAGAACCUCUACCCCAAACCCAAUAAAAGAUUUAUGAGAUUUUAUGAAUAAAUUUCUAUUUCUGGGCAACUGCAUCUAUAUACCUAGGAAUAGUAAAUGCAAUAAAACCAUUUGGUCAUACCUUGAGCAGGAAAUAAGCUGUUAAAGGUCUUGAUUUCUAAAUAGUGUGUUUCUUGUAUUUACUUGCCUAGAAGAGGGAGCAACUGGAUCCUUAAGGGCAAGGGAGGAGAAAUUCUACUCAGGCCCAGCUCUCUGCACAUUUGCCCCUCCCACCCUAGUGCUCUUGACUGAGGGCUCUAUCAGUAGCUCCAGGACCCAGAAGAGGUUAUUUCCCCUUCUGCUUCAGACUUGUCUAAAAUGGGGACUUUGCUCUACUUUAUACAUGAGAUCAUGUUACACAUGAGAUCAAAUCAUAAGUAAGUAAGGCACAAAGGGAAUGCCAUGGAACUGGAGUCAGAAGGAGUCUAUCUCUUGAGUCACCACCAAAUAUUGUCAAGGAGCUUCCAUCACUGAUCCAAAGCCAACCAAGAAACCUCAAUAAUUGGAAGGUCAAGUUGCCAGAGAGUCUGGAAACCCUUCUGGGUGAUGUAGCUCAAAUCUCACACAGAAGUGGAUGGGGGUUUACCUGUUUAGGGGAAAGGCCUACCAGCCCUCCUGCAACACGCCCUGCUCCAGUGGGAGGGUAGAGGUACUGAACCAAAUUUAUCUUUGUCUCCCUUUUAGCUACUGAUGUUUAUGGCCUCAGUGAGAACAGCUGGUCCCUUUCUUCCCUCUCUGUUUCCUCGUGGGGGAAGAGGGGCCAACAGGUGAGCUACAAUUCUAUUUUGCCAUGGAAGUUGAGACCCCCCCCAAUCCAAGAAGC